AUGGCAGCGACAGCUGUACCCCGCUCCCGGCUUAGCCUGGCUAGCGACCUGGUAGACGCUGCCGGAGGCGCAAGUCCACCUCCGUUGUUGCCUACAGAGGUGCCACCCGCUUCGGAAGAAGAAGCAACGGCAGGAGCAUCCGAGGGAAGCAGCCUAUCAGCUUCAACGGGAACACUGGCAGCAGCAACAGCAGCAGUUCCAGCAGAAGAUGCACCACUGGCAGCCCAACGGAGGCUCAGCGCUACUGAGUCGGCGUUGGCUGCUUCCAGGCGCCCUCUUUUCUUAACCUAUUCUCUCAUCUGUGCUACAGAUGCUUCAGCACUGCUGCACCAGAAGGACCGUGUGCGGCUCGCCAGACAACUGGACGAGCUCUUACAGCUCCACCAGUUCGUCGUGCUUCUGCGGCAACCCUCAAGAAGGGCCUCUCUUAUAGGCCCCUUUAGCUGCAGCAGCAGCAGCAGCAACAGCAUCACCACAGAUUUGGCCAUUCAACUGGAUCCAGCGGAAGACAGUGCUGUGAAGGAUACGCCGGCCUUCAGCUGCAGCAGCAAUAACAGCUGUAACAACAGGAAGAGCAGCAGCACAUCUUUGAUUGGCACAGAAAGAGCGUUCCCAGUAGAGGAAUGCAAAGGGGAGGAGGCUGCUGAGGCCAGCCGCGUAUCUGUUUGUGGCGUCCCGCCUGCUGCUGCCGCUGCUGCUCCCAGUAUCCCCUACGAACCCACCACGCUAGGGCAGCACCAGCAGCAGCAACUGCAGCAUAUGCAGGAGGAGGCAGUAGCCGCAGCUCAUUUGAUUGCGGUGGAAUAUUUUGUUGCUGCCGUCACUUUCUGCAAACGCACCGGUUUUACGCCUCGCGCCGUCUCGGCUUUCUUGGCGCUUCUGCUUGGGAUGUACAGGCAAUCUGUGCAGCAGCAGCUGUCUCCAGCUGCUGCGUUUGAGGCAUUUAAGGCCUUGCUGCUGCAGCACGCGGUGCACAGACCGCCCUGUGCCACUGCUGUUUUCGCCCCCCAACAUCUACUCCCAGCUUCUGAGUUCUUUAUGCUGCACUUCGUCCGCUUGCUGCCUCACAUGCAGCAGCUGCAUACCCCACAGCUUCCGCAGCAAUAG